GUCCUGUGUGUCGUCUUCGGGCUCCCCCUCGUCUACUUCCUCACCAGCACCUUCAAGCAGGAAGAAAGGACAGUGAGAGAUCGGAAUCUCCUCCAAGUGCAAGAGCAUGAGCAGCCGAUCAUGUGGAAGGUGAAGUUCAGUUCGGGAAACAGCAGUCAGCUGAGUAACCAGUGCAGGAAUUCUGUGCAGGGGAAGCUCCUCAUUACAGAUGAACUGGGCUACAUCUGUGAGAGGAAGGACCUACUGGUAAAUGGCUGUUGUAAUGUCAACGUGCCCAGUACAAAGCUGUACAGCUGUGACAGCUGCCUUCCCAAUGGCUGCUGCAGUGUGUACGAGUACUGUGUUUCCUGUUGCCUGCAGCCCAGCAAGCAACAUCUUCUGGAACGUUUCUUGAACCGGGCAGCUAUUGCUUUCCAAAACCUCUUCAUGGCAGUGGAAGAUCGCUUUGAGUUGUGUCUGGCGAAAUGUAGGACUUCAUCACAGAGUGUACAGCAUGAAAACACCUAUAGAGAUCCAAUUGCAAAAUACUGCUAUGGUGAAUAUCCCCCAGAGCUUCUGCCUGUUUGAAAGCUGCAUGAUCUAAGCAACAAAGGGAAGGAACUGGAGACUAGAAUCCAAAAGAGCAAGACAACAGCUGCUGCUUUACAGGAGCCUCAGUGUAAACGGCUUAUGUUGUUUCUGGGGACAAACCCAGAGGUGUACAGUGUAAGCAAGGGACUUAAGUUCUCCGGGAUUGAAUCUUGCUUUCUUCAGUUUGUUAUGCACCUGCUUUAGAGUACGAGGUACUAGUACUGUACUAGAGUACUAGUACAUUCUUUGAAUACUUCCUCUCAAUUUUAGGAUGCACGGAGUCGAUCUAGGCUGUAAAACAUCAUAGGAAAAAUACCUAACGUAGCUUUGGAGAUGCACGUGGAGGUUCAAUUGUGUCUCUGCAGUCCAGAGACUUUCCAGAGUGACAGUAGUAAUUGGAGGACUUUUGCUUUUAGAGGGUAAAGCAUGCCUGGUUGUGCUUCUCUCUCUGGAGCACUUCUUGACAUGCAUGGUGUACACUACAUAUGUAAUUAUGAAUUAUUUAUUCAUUUUAUAUGGAUUACUAGCUGAAAGUAUUGAUGCUUUGCAUAGGUAGUUGUUGAUGCCUUUCAGUCCCUGUUUUGUUAUGUCAGG